AUGAAGCUGCUUCCAAUGACUGUGUUGCUCCUUACCAUCUGUAGCCUUGAAGGGGCUUUGGUUCGGAGACAGGCAGAGCUGCCGAAUCUGCAGAGCCUGUUCUCUCAGUACUUCCAGACUGCGACCGACUACGGCAAAGACCUGCUGGAGAAGGCCAAGGGCUCAGAGCUUCCAAACCAGGCCAAGGCCUACUUUGAGAAGGCACAGGAGCAGCUGACGCCCCUCGUCAAGAAGGCUGGAACUGAUCUGGUUAACUUCUUGGACAGUAUUUUGGACCUCAAAACAUCGCCUGUUGCCUGUUGCCAGUGCGUUGCCUAG